AUUUAUAGGCUUCUCAAUCAUCAUUCCUCUGCUCUCUCUCUCUCUCUCUCUCCUCCUCUCUCUGAAUUGUUCACCUCACCAUCAUCAUCAUCAUCAUCAUCUUCUUCUUCUUCUGAUUGCCGCCAAUGGAGAUCGAGGUAGCUCUCCCUGUCCCCUUACCGCCCUCCUCGCCGGAAUUCUCCUUCGACAGCUCCACCUCCACCCCUUACAUCACCGCCCCUUCCAGCCCCCAGCGAUUCGGUGCCGCCGCUGUCUUCUCCAGCCCCUUCUACUCCUCUCCCACCACCACCGCCAACGCCGUUGACCUCUCCCGCACUUCAUUCUCAAUAAACCCCGCUCUCUGGGAAGAAGAGAACCCGGGACUCCCCAGCAACAGUCCCAACAGCUCGUCCGGUUUCAUCGAUUUUGAUGAUUUCGAGUUUGAGUUCAACGGGUCAAAGUCCGACAGGUUUGAAUCCUCUCCCGCUCCAGCCGACGAGCUCUUCGACCGAGGCAGAAUCAAGCCCCUGACGAUGAUGACACCUCCGCAAGAACAGAGCAGCAAAACAGAGCCUUCGAUUUCAAGUACUACUACGACUACCGCUACCACUAAGAGAGUCUGGGACAUUUUAACCGAAGAGGAUGAAGCGGAGGAGGAUGAACGUGAGAAUGCUCCACUAGCGAGCGCGGCAUCAGCCCCAUCGUCGAGUUCUAGAGCGUUCUCGACCUUCCUCUCAUCGAUUGCGAACCCCAAGGGGUACCGGAAAUGGAGCUUCAGGGACUUCCUGCUGUUCCGGAGCGCAUCAGAAGGCAGGGGAACGAGCAAAGAUCCCCUGAGGAAGUUUCCAACUCUCGGAGGGAAGAUCGGGAGAUCAGACAGCUUUGGAGAAUCGAUGAGGGGGUCGAGUUUCAAGGCUACCACAGUUGUUGGGGACGAGAGCUCGGGGAGGAAGCAGAGGAGCAGAGGGCCCCACGAGGUGUAUUACUCGGCCAACAAGGCGGUGGCGGAGGAGAUGAAGCGGCGGACUGCCUUACCGUACAAGCAGGGCCUGCUCGGGGGUUGCUUGGGCUUCAAUCCAAACCCGACAGGGGGCCAUGAUCUCGGCCGUGGCUUGGGGUCUCUAUCACGCGGGUGAUCAGGCCGGAUCUCUCUAUUCGUGAGACUAUCGGGCUGCGAUUGCAAUCAUGCCUCUACAUUCAAAUGAUAGUAACUGUCGAUUACUACUACAGGAUCCAUUCCAUAUCGAUCGUGAUUUGGAAGGUCAAUUAAUCCACCGUUAUGCUCUCUUCAAGUCAAUACGUCUUGUGGUUGGUCUAUGGCGAGCAUCGUUUUCCUGUGAUACAUUCGACUGUUCGAGGUGCAGCUGUAUCGACAUAUCAAUACCCAUACGGUUGUGAUUAUGGUGUAUUGGACAGAAUUCAUCGCGAUAAGAUUGUUCUUGUGAAUGCGCUUCCUUUUUUUCUUUUUUCUUUUUUUGCCCUUUUCUUGGUCCCUUUUCGUUUGUUAACAUGGGAAGUCAUUGAGUACAGUUUUUGGCCAAUGCAUAUAUAUCAUUGACUAAUCACAUGAA